AUGGCAAAUGUAGAAGAGAGCACAAGCAACAGAGUGCCUGGAAUAACAAUUGCUACAGACAUCAUCUGUGGUUUCCCUGGGGAGACUGAUGAAGAUUUUCAAGAAACAAUGAAACUUGUAGAAGAGUACAGGUUUCCAAGCCUCUUUAUUAAUCAGUUUUACCCACGACCAGGAACCCCUGCUGCAAAAGUGCAUCAAGUUCCAGCCUUAGUGAAAAAGCAAAGAACAAAGGAUCUAUCCCAGCUGUUUCAUUCAUACAGUCCUUAUGAUCACAAGGUUGGCGAGAGGCAGAGAGUUCUGGUGACAGAAGAAUCUUUUGAUUCCAAGUUUUAUGUUGCUCACAAUCGAUUCUAUGAGCAGGUUCUUGUGCCAAAGGAUCCUGGAUUUAUAGGUAAAAUGGUAGAAGUGGACAUUUAUGAAGCAGGAAAACAUUUUAUGAAAGGGCAGCCAGUGUCAGAUGCCAAAGUGUAUACCCCAUCCCUCACCAAACCAUUCGCAAAAGGAGAAGUUUCUGGUGUAACAGAGGAGCUUAGACAUGCACUGAAGAAUGGCACAAAUUUGAAAACAUGCCCUUCUGUUGGGAUUCAAGAAAAAACAUCAUUGUGCUGCAGGAUGGUGAUGCAAAUUCCAUGGCAACAAAGAGGACGUGGACUAAAGAUACUGUCUGUGAGCCUGGCUUUACUGGCAGUCCUUGUUACCUUUUACUAUGGAGGUGUAUAAGUAGACACUGAACUAAAUGAUGCUUUUAUAAAGAAAACUAUAUUGCUGAUUAAAAUCUUCAAAAGAAGUAUUUGUAAAAAUAUGUCUUAAACUUUUAUAAAUUGGGCAAUAAUUUCUACUUGCCCUUUGCCCUUCCUUUCAUCUGCAGCUGGAGUCAGGUUCAUCCUGCCAUUAUAUGAGUUUUUUGGUGGUUGUAGCAAAAACAGGAUAGUGGUUUCUCAUUUCAGCCUUUUCCUCUUCUAGAUUGUAUUUCAUUUUAAAGAGAGCGAGCCAUUUGCAUCUAUUAUAUUUUUUGUAUCUGCUGAAAUAAAAAAGUGUGUAAGAAAUCAA